UUUUUUUUUCAACAAAGUCUCGGUCCUACCUUACCAAUCCAAUUCUCCAUUGAAACAGCGACCAAGGAAUUCGCAGAGAGUUCCGAGCGCAACAACAACAUCCAGAAGAACACCAAGAACGAGAAGAGCGACAAAGCAGCGGAGAGCAGGAGCAUGAGCAUGGCCACCAGCGGUAUUGUCGAGUCAUUUCCCACGGGCGCCCUGGUCCCAAAGGCGGAGACGGGGGUGCUGAACUUCCUACAGAAGUAUCCGGAGUACGACGGACGCGACGUCACCAUAGCCAUCUUCGAUUCCGGCGUGGAUCCCCGGGCAACGGGACUGGAGACGCUGUGCGAUGGCAAAACCGUAAAAGUGAUUGAGCGGUACGAUUGCUCUGGAUGCGGAGAUGUGGAUAUGAAAAAGAAGGUGACACCGGACGAGAGUGGCACCUUCAAGGGCUUGUCCGGCAACACGCUCAAGCUGAGUCCGGAGCUGUUGUCCCUAAACACGGACCCGGACAAGGCGGUUCGGGUGGGCCUCAAGAGCUUCAGUGAUCUAGUGCCGUCCAAGGUGAGAAACAACAUCGUGGCACAGGCCAAGCUGAAACACUGGGAUAAGCCGCACAAGACGGCCACUGCCAAUGCCAGUCGCAAGAUUGUCGAAUUCGAGUCACAAAAUCCAGGAGAAGCCUCCAAGCUGCCCUGGGACAAGAAGAUAGUGAAGGAGAACCUUGACUUUGAGCUGGAGAUGCUUAACAGCUAUGAGAAGGUGUAUAAUGACAUUAAGACUUCCUACGACUGCAUUCUCUUCCCAACGGCCAACGGCUGGCUGACCAUCAUCGAUACCACGGAGCAGGGUGACCUGGAGCAGGCCCUGCGCAUUGGGGAAUACUCGCGAACACACGAGACCCGCAACGUGGACGAUUUCCUAUCAAUAUCCGUGAACGUUCACGACGAGGGCAACGUGUUGGAGGUGGUGGGCAUGUGCUCACCGCACGGAACGCACGUCUCGUCUAUUGCCAGCGGGAACCACAGCUCCCGGGAUGUUGAUGGCGUGGCGCCGAACGCCAAGAUUGUGUCGAUGACCAUCGGCGAUGGGCGACUAGGAUCCAUGGAGACCGGAACGGCUCUGGUGCGGGCCAUGACCAAGGUAAUGGAGCUGUGUCGCGAGGGCAGGCGCAUCGACGUGAUCAACAUGAGCUACGGGGAGCACGCCAACUGGUCGAACUCCGGCCGCAUUGGGGACCUGAUGAACGAGGUUGUCAACAAGUACGGCGUGGUCUGGGUAGCCUCAGCCGGCAACCACGGCCCGGCACUCUGCACCGUGGGCACUCCUCCGGACAUCAGCCAGCCCAGUUUAAUUGGCGUGGGUGCCUACGUAUCACCCCAAAUGAUGGAAGCCGAGUAUGCGAUGCGGGAGAAGCUGCCCGGCAAUGUGUACACCUGGACAUCGCGAGAUCCCUGCAUCGAUGGAGGCCAGGGCGUGACCGUGUGCGCUCCGGGCGGAGCCAUUGCGUCCGUGCCGCAGUUCACCAUGAGCAAAUCACAGCUGAUGAACGGCACCAGCAUGGCGGCACCUCAUGUGGCCGGCGCUGUGGCCCUGCUCAUCUCCGGACUGAAGCAACAGAACAUCGAGUAUUCUCCGUACAGUAUUAAGCGGGCGAUCAGCGUCACUGCCACCAAGCUGGGCUACGUGGAUCCCUUUGCCCAGGGUCAUGGCUUGCUCAAUGUGGAGAAGGCCUUCGAGCAUCUGACGGAACACCGGCAGUCCAAGGACAAUAUGCUGAGGUUCUCCGUUCGCGUGGGCAAUAAUCAGGCUAAGGGCAUUCAUCUGCGCCAAGGCGUGCAGCGCAACUUCAUCGAUUACAACGUGAACAUUGAGCCGGUCUUCUUUAACGACAAGGAGGCGGAUCCCAAGGACAAGUUCAACUUCAAUGUGCGCCUGAACCUCAUUGCUUCUCAGACAUGGGUGCAGUGUGGAGCUUUCCUAGAUCUUAGUUACGGGACACGUACCAUUGUGGUGCGCAUCGAUCCCACUGGACUCCAGCCAGGCGUACACAGUGCCGUGAUUCGUGCUUAUGACACCGACAAUGUGCAGAAAGGCGCUCUCUUCGAGAUUCCCGUCACGGUGGUCCAGCCCCAUGUCCUGGAGUCUGACCAUAAUACACCCGUCUUUGAACCCGCCUCCUCCAAGGGAGACAAAAGCGUGGAGUUCCAGCCAAACACCAUUCAGAGAGAUUUCAUCCUGGUGCCCGAGCACGCAACUUGGGCGGAGCUGCGAAUGCGCAUCACCGAUCCUAAUCGUGGCAAGGACAUUGGCAAGUUCUUCGUUCAUACAAACCAGUUGCUUCCCAAGCAAUCCUGCCGCAAACUUGAGACUAUGAAGAUCGUGGCUGUCGGUUCUGAACAAGAAUCCACCAUGGCUUUCAAGGUUAAGUCUGGUAAGAUUCUGGAGCUGUGUAUUGCCAAGUAUUGGUCCAACUACGGCCAGAGUCAUUUGAAGUACAGCCUGGUGUUCCGCGGUGUGGAAGCACACAAUCCCAAUGCCUAUGUCAUGCACGCGGGAAGGGGCAUUCACAAGCUGGAGGUCGAGGCCCUGGUUUCGGAGGAUGUGCAGCCGGUGCUGCAGCUGAAGAGCGCCGCAGUGGUGCUGAAGCCCACCGAGGCCAAGAUCUCGCCACUAAGCGCCACCCGUGACGUCAUCCCAGAGGGACGGCAGGUGUACCAGAAUCUGUUAGUGUUCAACUUGAAUGUGGCCAAGGCCGCAGAGGUUGCCCUGUACGCACCGAUCUUCAACGAUUUGCUGUACGAGGCGGAGUUUGAGUCCCAGAUGUGGAUGCUGUACGAUGCGAAUAAGGCCCUGGUGGCCACCGGGGAUGCCCACUCCCAGACGUUCUUCACAAAGCUCGAGAAGGGCGACUACACAGUUCGGUUGCAGGUUCGUCACGAAAAGCGCGAACUGCUGGAAAAGAUCUCGGAGGCCAAUCUUGUGGCCUCCUUUAAGUUGACCAAUAUGCUCACCCUCGACUUCUACGAGAACUAUAACCAGUGCGUCGUGGGCGGCCGUAAGUUUGUCUCAGCUCUGCUAAGGGAAUCCACCAGGGUGCUGUACAUCGCCCCUAUUACCCAGGAGCGUCUCAAUAAGGCCAAUCUGCCCGCCCAGUGCGCCUGGCUAAGCGGCAACCUGGUAUUUCCGCAAGACGAGGCCGGUCGGCGAGUAGCGGUGCAUCCCUUUACCUACAUCCUGAAUCCCGCCGAGAAGAAGGCGCACACGAAUGGCUCAAGCAACGGUUCCAGCGCUGCAGGUUCUACAACAGCUGCAGCCGCCGCCGCUACGGCCAAUGCGGCCAAACCCAAGGCUCCGGCAACCCCCCAGGCGGCUACCUCGGUUACCAAUCCCGCGGCUGGCGAUGGAAUCACGAUCCAGAGCGAUUCGCCGGUAGACAGCACAGCCUGCCCCGCCUCGCCCAAAAAAGGAAAGACCAAUGCUGAUGACUAUGCUGAAAGCUUACGUGACUUCCAGUGCUCGCACAUCGUCAAGUGUGAGCUAGAAAUGGCAGAGAAGAUUUACAACGAGGUGGUGGCGGCCCAUCCCAAGCACCUGCAGGCAAACCUGCUGCUCAUUCAGAACAUUGAGACCAACCAGUUGAAGUCGCAAUUGCCUCUGACCUUCGCCAAUGCCCAGAAAACUUCACCCCCGGAGGCAGGAGAAAGUUCCGAUAAGCAGAAGGAAGACCAAAAGAAGCUGCGCAGCGCCUUGGAACGCAUUGUCAAGCUGGCCGACAAGGUGAUCGAGGAGACGGAUGCCGAGGCCCUGCUCUCGUACUAUGGGCUGAAGAACGACACUCGUGCCGAUGCAGCCAAGAUUAAGACCAACAUGGACAAGCAGAAGAACAAUCUCAUCGAGGCGCUGAGCAAGAAGGGUAUUGCCCUGGCCAAGCUGGCCGUUUUAGAUGACACCAUCAAGGAUCGCCUGGUUGAGAUUAACGACCUGUACACGGAGAUUAUUAAGUUCGUGGAUGCCAACGACUCCAAGGCCAUUCAGUUCGCCCUGUGGCACGCCUAUGCCAACGCCCACUACGGUCGCAUGUACAAGUACGUGGUGAAGCUGAUCGAGGAAAAGCGCACGCGCGACCACUUCGAGGAGCUGGCCGCCAUCAACGGCGCCUUGGGUCACGAGCACAUCCGGACUGUUAUCAACCGCAUGAUGGUCACCGCCUUCCCCAGCAGCUUCCGUUUGUUCUGAGCACCUUUUAACAGUAGACGCCACAAAUAUUCACGCUUUGAUGCGAUCAUUGUUUUUUAUAACUAAAGUAAUCCAUAUGUAUAUGAAUAAAUGCUAUUAAUUGAAUCGAUUA